UCUCCCCAGACUUGGUUUAAGAACCAGCGCGUGAAAAGGAAGAAAGAGCAGCAACAAACUGAUUCAAAUUCGUCACUAAAAUCAUCAAGCCAGACGAUUUCAAUCAAAGAGGAGCAACCUCCCUUACCUGUAACUUCAGCAAACACUCAUCCCGGGAGUCCCAGCAUUUUGGAUGCCUGUGACCAUGAACUACCUCAGUCUCCUGAUAGCGAGCAAUCUGCAGGCGCUGGUCCCUCCAAGUGGAAUUCGUCUUGGGAUUCUCCACCUCAUGAUCUCCAACAGAUAUGUCUGGGGGACCCUGAUCCUCCUUGGGCCUCCAUUCCCUAUGACAUAGAUCAACUUAUACAACUAUAUGCCUUACCUGGGGAUGAUGAUCUAGAUCAGUACCUCUCCCCCAGGUGUCCCAGUUCAGGAGAUAUGGCUGACAUACCCACCCUUAUUGAGAAAGAUCUAUGAACCAAAUCCUGACCAACUGAGAGAUGUUUCCAAAGGCCUUUCAUGGGUCA